AUGUGUCUAGGCAACACUGCUAGAGAAGAAACUGAAGUGGACAGCCGGAAUUUACUGUACACGGCUAACGUGGUAGAUGAUAAGUGCCCCCUCCCCAAGGCUUUGAAUGUCAAGUGGCUCACACACCCACCCAGUGACCACUUGGCCUGGGGAUCACAGCACUUCCUGCGGCAGGGCCAAGGACUGUCCCCCUUCCUGGGCUGUGACAGGAGAAUGAAAGGCCGAAGAUGGCGUUAUACUCAGCUGCCCACCCAGGUGGAGGACACCCUGUCUGGGGAGGAGGGAGAGGAAGAAGAGGAGGAAGAGGAAGAGGCAGUCACAGCCCCAGCCCCUCAGGACCCUGUGGAGCCUCAGCUGACAGAAGCCAGCCAGGUCCUGGGUACCUCAGAGAUUAGGCAGCUCAGCCUCCACCUACCUGCCAGAGUCGCUGGCCACCCCUGGAGUCUGCUCUUCUGCACAUCUAGGGACGGCUUCAGUCUGCGGAGACUAUACCGGCAGAUGGAGGGUCACAGUGGGCCAGUACUGCUGCUGUUGAAAGACCAGGAUGGGCAGAUGUUUGGAGCCUUCUCCUCCUCAGCUUUCCGACUCAGCAAAGGCUUCUAUGGUACUGGAGAGACAUUCCUCUUCUCCUUCUCCCCACAGCUAAAGGUCUUUAAGUGGACAGGAAGUAACUCUUUCUUCGUGAAAGGAGACCUGGACUCACUGAUGAUGGGCAGCGAAAGUGGCCGGUUCGGGCUGUGGUUGGAUGGAGACUUGUACCACGGGGGAAGCUACCCCUGUGCUACCUUCAAUAAUGAAGUGCUGGCCCGGAAAGAACAAUUUUGUAUCGAGGAGCUGGAGGCCUGGGUUCUGAGCUGACACCUCACACAACCAGAGAUGCUUGGGUCACUUUUGGAUGCUGCCCAGGCCUUCCUCACACAGGGCGGCCAUUCUGCCUGACUCAGGAUGGUGACAAACCCUCAUGUGGAGGGUGGCUUGAAAACACAGGACAGGGUCAGGGUCAGCAACUGUUCUCCAGCAGAGCUAACUGUGAAGGUGUGAAAGACAUUCUUACUGAAGAAGCAUGACAUUUGUCUUGUAGGAUUUGACAAUUCCCAGAGAACUCAGAAGACCGAGAAACAAA